AUGAAGGAGCUCUCUACCCCAGUGUCACUCAAGGUCGGUCAUGGAAUUGGUGGGCCACUCCACUGCGUUACGACACCCCACAACUCAACCGCUUCUAACAGCAACACGGUAAUCACCUCCCGACGAGAACUCCAGAAUAUGAAAUCCAACAUUGGGCAGUCUAAGAAACGACCUCGCUCUGACUCUCACGACCUUGGGCCUUCAGAUCACACUACUAAGGAUGAGAAGAAUCUACUCCUUGCAUUCGACAAGUUUGGUAAAGCACUGUGUAAGCUUCUUAGCACAGCGUCUGGGGUACCAAAUACCCAAAGGUGUAUUGGAGGAGAGAAAGAAGCCUUUCUUCGGGUCCUCAAGACCAGGGUGGAUGGCGGGGGAUUCAGCUGGGUCGGUAAAUUUGAUGAUGGAAAGAAGUACAGAUUUUUAGGCGAUGACGAAAGAGAAGGACAGGAAGUGCGCAAAAAAGUCAAGUUGAUGGUGCAACUUCAAGCUGAAAUCAGAGGUCGCAACGGAUCCCUGUCUGAAGAGGGCGAGGAAGGUCCAUCUGAGAAUUGGGCUGAGGAGGACGACGAGACAUCUAGUGUCUCCACCCAUGACGGUUCUUCACAAAUUGAAUGGCCCCCCCUUCUCCCAUCCAUCACGGACAGAAACCUCUGCACCCAAGUGUUUUGCACCAAGAACACCCAAGGGCCUUCCCCCGAUCAUAAACGUCUCAGCUGGCUUGGUGGCUCUUGGAUUCACCUUUUAAUGUCAAGAAUAAUCUUCCGAAAUAAAAACCUUGAAGAAGUCCAGUUGGGGAGACUUCGCCAUUGUCUGCUCACCGAUAAAGCUUUCGCAAACUUUGCGGUUAGGUAUGGACUAAUGGAAGAGUUUAAGAUACAGAAUGAAAUCAGAAAUACCCCAGGCACCAAAGAGAUGGCAGAUAUAUUCAGGGCAUAUGUCGCAACAGUGGCGUUUUCCAAUCCACAUGGUGGUUUCGAGGUGAUGACGAGUUGGCUGGAGAAGCUGUACCAGCCCAUCUUGUUAUCAAUGGAAGAUGAGGUAUGGAAAGACGGGACCAACGCCUACUUAUCAGAGAAGCUUCAGAAUUACUUGAAGUUUAGGCCGAAUACCCAAUUUUCAGCCGGCAAUAUUCGACGUCAACCAGAGAAAGAAGCCAAACAAGCUAUAAUGGCUGCCGAGAUCGGAUUCAGGGCUUCCACUCAAGCUAAAAUGGUAUACUACGAGAUGAUCGAGCGGGAAAGGGUAGAAGAGGCUGCUCAGGCUGCGCCCCUCAAAUCCGAGGCCUUGACAUUAGCUUUAGCUAAAGAACAAUCAGGGAAGAUCGAGCGAGAAACGGUUGAAGAGGCUGCUCAGGUUACGAAGACUGGCCAGACUAAAUCUGGGUUCUUCACUCAAGAGAGGGCGCGACACGAGAAGGGGGAGGGGAAAAAGAAGGAAAAAAAUGCUGUCGAAGCUGCUCAGCUCGAAUUAGAGGCCUUAGCUAAAGAACGAUCAGGGAAGACCGAAAGGGAACAGGCAGAAGCGAAGAUAGCCCAGCUCGUGCCCGAGGCCUUAGUUAAAUUCGAAUCAGAGAAGAUCGAAACAGAGAAGGCGGAAAACACUGAGAAGGCUUCCCGGCUCGAAAGGGAGGUAUCAGCUAAAGCAAAGUCCGAGAAAAACGAGAGAGAAGUAGAAAAUGCUAUAACGAUUGUCCAGCUCAAAGCCGACGCUAUGGUUUUAGCCAAGGCAAGGUCUAAGAAGACUGACAAAGAAAUGAUAGAAAUUGCUGCAAAGACUGCCCAACGCAAAGCCGUGGCUUUGGCUUUGGCUGGGGCAGAGUCGGAAGAGAUGGAGAAAAAGCAAAGUAUGGCGGCUUUAAGUAAUGCAAAAAAAGCAGAGGGGAAACAACGGGUAUUUCAAUUGAGGUGCAGAGUUGCCCAACAAGCCGUAAAGGAAACCAUUGAGCUUGAUUACGGGAGUCCGCCGUUACAACCGCUACCACACCAAUCCGGCAAUAUACGUCUGGGGCAGGAUAAAGCCAAUCCCAUCAUUAUCUUGGAUUCGGAAGGUGAAAAUCGUGAAGGAAGGGAGAGUAAAGUCGUUAAAGAACUCAAGGCCCUUGAGCAGAUUGUGGUUAAUAAUAUCAAGGCAGCCCCUCUACCUUUCUCCGCAAAGAAAGCACUUGACAGGCUCGUGAAUGAAAUUGAGGGCAAGUUAAUUUAUUCACGUCUUGAAGAUCGGCAUGCGGCGGAACGUAGAGAUACAGACGUACAUAUACAGGUUAUACUACUGUGGCGGAGACGUCAGACGAUUGUAGGGCAUGCAUGGGAGAUAAGCGAAGAGUCUGCAGGUCGCAAAGCUGCGGAAGCCCUCUUGGUAGAUCAACACUUUCUUCAAGAGUUGGCUCGGAUGAGACUAGCUACGAAAGAGGAUUCUGGAAACUCUACAACUUUACUGGGGGCAAAAACCACCUCAGCCGCUGCAGUUCUUCCGUCCUUGGGACCUUGUUCACUCCCAUCUCUUGUAGCUUGUGUAAACAGAGGAAACAUCCCAGUCGUUCCAAGUUCAAACGCUCCACACACAGCAGCAAUACCGGUUUCGAAGCUUGCACAAGCUCCUACAAAAAAAGCAGAUAUCUUGAACAGUGAGAACUUGGCUGCACAAUCGAUGGGGGGGAACAUGAACUCAAGAUUGAAAAAUACCACAGGAUGGAAGGAGAUCUUGAGAGUUGUGGAUCCUAUUUCCAGGGUGCCUCAAGAAGAGUCAUCCUCGGUUUCUGCAAAUACUCAGUCGGAGGGUAUCAUAGGAGAUAUUGGUACUGUUCCGGUUUUACCACAGGAAGGCUCAUGUCUGGACAUGGAAACUCUCGUUGUGGAAGAUGAGAUUUUGGAUGAUGCACACCCAUCUCUCAGGGCAUCAAAAGAAGAGUUAUCAUCGAGGCUUAUAGCUCAACAGGCGAAAGUUAGGGCCCCGGUGCAAGCAUAUUAUGCUGCCUGCAGGCCACAAGAAAAGUUAUCCCUAGGUGCUGGAACAACAUGGAUAGAAGACGAAGUCUCGGGGACAACAAGGCCAGCCGCCAACCUACCACAAGGAGACUCAUCGUCGACCCUGCCAGCACUUCAGGUCGCCGAGAGGGCGGGGGUAAAAAGGAACCCUACUACAUACCUACUUGAAGAAGAUACUUCCCCAAAUACGGAGGAUAUUGUGGUAGAAUAUGAGAUCUUGAACCAUGCAGAUCCUUUCUUCAAAGCCACUAAACGGUAA